CUCAUUCCAACACGAGAACCCACUGUAACAACUUCCAACCACUGAGACAUGACAGGCAGGAGCCCAGAGGCAGCAGCAGCAGCGAGAGCAGCAGCAGCAGCACAUACUCUGCACAGGGAGCAGCAUUAGCACCAGGGGAAUACUAGACACAACAAUACAAACAAACAAACAAACAGACAGACAAAGCCCCCCCAAGCCCCAGGGACUGGAUUCCAACUCAGAUUCAAGCCACAGCUGACACCAAAAAGGGUGGGGAAUUACGACCAGGGGGGGCCAGAAAGGAAUAACUAAGGAAGCGAACUCCAAGAGUAUAAACGGGAUUCAGCCAUGAUCCUUUUUUCAUCUCGCAGUGUGUUACUCUCAGUGUAUUACCCUCAGAUUUUCCUCAUCCUUACCAGUGGGAGUUACCUAGCUUUGUCAUCCGUGGUGGCUUUAGGAGCUAAUAUUAUCUGCAACAAAAUCCCAGGCCUGGCCCCUCGGCAGCGAGCGAUCUGCCAGAGCCGCCCUGAUGCCAUCAUUGUGAUUGGGGAAGGGGCACAAAUGGGAAUCAAUGAGUGCCAGUACCAGUUUCGGUAUGGGAGGUGGAACUGCUCUGCGCUGGGAGAGAAAACAGUCUUUGGACAAGAGCUUCGAGUAGGAAGCAGGGAGGCUGCGUUCACCUAUGCCAUUACUGCUGCGGGGGUUGCGCACGCUGUCACGGCCGCCUGCAGCCAGGGCAACCUCAGCAAUUGUGGCUGUGACCGAGAGAAACAGGGCUACUACAACCAGGAGGAGGGCUGGAAGUGGGGAGGCUGCUCUGCGGAUAUCAGAUACGGCAUUGAGUUCUCCCGGAGGUUUGUUGAUGCCCGAGAAAUCAAAAAGAAUGCACGGAGGCUGAUGAACUUGCACAACAAUGAGGCUGGAAGAAAGGUUCUGGAAGAGAGAAUGAAAUUGGAGUGCAAGUGCCAUGGAGUUUCAGGUUCCUGUACAACUAAGACCUGCUGGACCACGCUUCCUAAAUUCAGAGAGAUUGGAUAUAUUUUGAAAGAGAAAUACAAUGCUGCAGUGCAGGUGGAGGUGGUACGAGCCAGCAGACUAAGACAGCCGACCUUCCUGAAGAUCAAGCAGAUUAAGAGCUACCAGAAACCCAUGGAAACGGAUUUAGUGUAUAUUGAAAAGUCACCCAACUACUGUGAGGAAGAUGCUUCCACGGGGAGCGUCGGUACCCAGGGACGACUCUGCAACCGCACCUCUCCCAACGCGGAUGGGUGCGACAUGAUGUGCUGUGGAAGAGGGUACAACACACACCAGUACACCAAGGUGUGGCAAUGCAAUUGCAAAUUCCACUGGUGCUGCUUUGUGAAGUGCAACACGUGUAGCGAGCGGACAGAGGUGUUCACCUGCAAAUAAUGGCAUCACGUGCA